UGGUUAAAUUUCUCAUUAACGGACUUACAAUCGUUAGAAGUGCAUCGAAAAUUAAGAAAUUGAAAAAAAAACAUUCAAAAUAAGUAAAACGAAACAAACGAACGUUUUCUACAGAGCGCGUUGCAAUAAAAAACGCGUGAAAUUGUGUGAAUUUGUGAACUAAUUAAUUAAGAAAAAAAAUAAAAAUCAUUUCAUUUAAUUAAAAGAAAAAAAUAUUGAUAUUACUUGGCAAAAAUAUAUAUAAAAAUAAUAAUAAUUAUAGAAGAAAAUCAAAAUUUCAUCCACAUUUAAUAUCUCUUUAGUGUCAUUUAUAUAGUGCCAAUCAAUCACAAGUGUUUUUACUUUUUUAAUUGUCAUUUCAUUUCGUUUAAUAAUUGUGAUCGUUAGUUUUUUUUGCAGUUUCGUACAUAAAAAAAAUAUUUUGGUUUUUUUAUCAAAUUAAAAAUUUCAUUGUGUUGUUUUUAAAUCAUAUUAAGAGUAUUAUGCUAAAUUCGCUUGUCUUCAUCGUUAUUUUCUUCGUCUCUUCGUGCAUUACUUCUUCAACAUUAUCAACUUUAUCAUCAUUAUCAACAUCAUUAUCUGCUUCUACUUCUCAUUUGCUUUAUUAUUUAAUCAAUGUUUGAUAUUUCUCUCAGUGAUUGCGGUGUUUUAUGGCACCAGAUUUGUGUAUUCUUUAUUAUCCUCUAUCAGUCGUUCAUCAUGUUUUUGGGACGCAGUGAAUCAAUUAAAUGGAUACGUAGAAAAUUUUCAAAAAGGAAUAACACCAAUCCUCCAACAAACGUAGAACAUACCCCAGCCAAAAUAUCGAAAACAUACAACGAAAACGAAGAAAAUCUACGAGAUUUAAACGAAAUAUUAGUAGUCAAUCAUACACCCACGACAGGCAUAUCUGUAUCUGUAAAUAAUUCUAAAAAUUUAGCAACAAUUCAUAACAACAAUGAAGUCAUGUCAACAACAACAACACCGACGACAACAAUACCAACUAAUCAAACAGCACCAAUUGCACGUGAAGAAGAUGCCGAAGAAGGAUUCGAUGAAACGUUUGAGGAGCAACAAAAGUGUAAAAACGAAAUGAUACCAAAAGCUGAAGGAGAAGAAUAUGAGGAACAGUACCAAGUAAUCAAUGAAAUGGCGGUGCGUCGUACUGGUGGCGGUGGUAGUAAAUCAUCGCGUGUACGUAAUUAUUUGAAAAAAUGUAAAGAUCGCUGGUUGGCAGUUGGUUUGCAUAAUCAAAUGCAAGAAUAUCACAAUAAUACAGGUCAUGAUCCAAAAUCAACAAUGUCUACAAUAAAUGAGCUAGAUGUCAGUCAAGACUUAAGGCCAAUAACAACAACAUCAGCUAAAGUAACGGAUUUUCCAAACAAUAGAUUGUCUUCAAUGGGUGGUGCUAGUGAGUCCAAAGGUAGUCCCACUAAUUGUGCCCUUGGGAAUGUGAAGAAAAUAGAAGACAAAAAUAAUGUUGACGAUGACGACGACGAUGAUGAUGAUGAUGUUGUUGAUGAAUCGUAUGAAGAUAUUGAUUUUGGUCUAGGUUCUGCAUUAACCAAAACAGCAGCAGGAACAACUAAGAAAAUUACAAAACAAGGUCGUAGUCGUAAUUCUUCAACAAACAUAAAUGUUGUUGGCAAUUCUGCUCAAAUUGAAACACGACAGGAAAGGAAACAUUUAAAGUCAAUGGCCCAACAACAAAAACAACAAGAGCAUGACCACGAUAAUAUGGAUGAUGAUGAAAAACAUGUAGAACAAUUAGUAGAUUCUCAACAAAUGGAGUCUCAUAUUGCUGCUCUGAUUGACAGGCAUCUUGCAUGCAUUUAUCCCGUCUUUACUCAAACAACACGUGCAGUUUUAAUACGUGAGGCACGUGACGUUCUCGUGAAGAUCUAUCACGGUUGUUUGACAACAUUUGAACGGCAAUUCCUAUGUAAAUUUACAGAGAUCGCUGUCAUACUAAAGGAACGUCAUCGUGUCGCUGAAACGAAUAAAGAACCUCAAUUGUAUGCCAUUUGGCGUACGCCAACAGAGAACCCUUUAAUCAACACAUUAACAUCAACAACUACUGCUGCUAAAACAACAACUUCAGAAUCAGGGUCAACUUUAAAAAGUUGUCAACUUGAUUACCAAGAUCAUACAUUGUACCUGAGCCCAUUAGCACUCGAAAUGUUAAGCGACGAUUUACCACAAAUCUUACAAAGUCUACUGAUAGGCGUGGAGAAUAGUCUUGAACGUUUAUCGCUCAAUCAACUACCACAAAUACCAUUCAAUGGUGAUGGUAAUGGUGGCGAUACAAGUUGUCAUAAUAAUAAUUUAUCUGCCAACACGACGGCAACUGGUACAACAACACAAACGUCCUCAUCAUCAUCAUCAUUAAGAGAUGAGAAAAAUCAUUAUGGUACGCUUAACGGUAGACUCCAAUUGCCAAAUUCACCGAAAUGUGCUUUAAGACGCAGUGAAUUAAUUACCAAAAAUAAAUUACACAACAACAAAUACAUGCUGAGACGUUUGACCAAUCGUCAGGAUAGUAUGAAUUCAACGUCUUCGGGUAAUAGCAGUGCCAGUGGUUUAAGUAACGCAUCAAGUGAUAGCGAUUCUUAUGCCAAAAGUCAUCUAAUAAACACAGCAACAACUACAACAAUACCACAAACAGAAACCAAAACCAAUGAACUGAAUUCACCUGCCUUGCCAAGAUUUUGUUUAGGUAAUUCAUUUCCACACAUCGACAGUGAUGAAGAGAAUACCGAAGAUAAACGCAACUCAUUAACUGAUGGUAGUAGUAUUUAUAGAAGUGCAUCUGAAGUUACAAACUGGUCGAAAGCUAUUACAACAUUCUCAAUUACUGCAAGAAAAUCAGAAGAAAUGUAUCAAAAUUAA